AUGGAUCACGUCGCUCUGCUCAAGCAAUUCAUCGGCAUGUGCCAAGAGAAUCCGGCGGUGCUCCACGCCCCGGAAUUCGCAUUCUUCAGGGACUAUCUCACUUCGUAAGUGCUUCCCCUUUGAAAUCAAUAAAACUCAAAAUUUCCAGCCUCGGCGCGACUCUUCCACCAAAACCGGAAGGAAAUCCAGCCGCUUCCGAGCCGAAGGCCAAGGCGCCAAAGGCCGAAAAGCCAGCGGAGCCGGAAAUCCCGAAGCCGGAGGAGAUUCCGUUCCCGGAUAUCGACAACGAGGGAGUGAUCAAGCCGGAAGAGGCGGCCCCGUUGCCGAUGGGUGACGCGAACAAGGAGCCGUCGGAGGAAGACGUCGAGAAGGCGUCGGACGAGAGAGUCAAGGCGCAGGAGGCGUUCGGGGACGGAGAGUUCGAAGCCGCCCUCGGCCACUUCACCAACGCCAUCGAGGCCAAUCCCGGAUCGGCGAUGCUACACGCGAAGCGAGCCCAGUGAGUUGGAAACCGUAGAAAACACAUAAGAAUCUCCGAUUCCAGCGUGCUGCUCAAGCUGAAGCGUCCGAUCGCGGCGAUCGCCGACUGCGACAAGGCCAUUUCGAUCAACCCGGACUCGGCGCAGGGAUACAAGUUCCGCGGACGUGCGAACCGCCUGCUCGGCAAGUGGGUCGAGGCGAAAACGGAUCUGGCGACCGCGUGCAAGCUCGACUACGACGAUGUGGCCAACGAGUGGCUAAAGGAGGUCGAGCCGAAUGUGAGUUUGAAGAAAUUUAUUUAUUUAUGCGAAGUUUCUACGUCAAUUCUGUGCUGA